CCUGGAAACAGCAGGAGCCAGGUCAUGAGUGCAUCUAUACACUUUGUGACACAAAUGGAGUUACUCUGGGAUAUAUCUACUUCUAAAAAUCAUUCUUUUGGGAUGCACAUGGAAAUUAAAAAUACUUUUGCGGGACGGCAUCUGUGUUCCUGAUCUUUCGCUGGACAGGUGCGCCAAACUUAAGAUCAUCAUCGUGCUUUUCCACGUAGAGAGAAGGAAACUUGCGGUUUGGAUAAAUAUGGGAAAACACUGGAAUUAUGUGACUUAAUUCGAAACAUUAUUACGAAAAACACUUAAAAUACACGUGGGAAGGGGAAAAAGCUUAACGAGAACAUCUCACCCUAAAUACAACCACCAACUCCAGAUGUAGAGUAUGAAACCACAGCAGAAAACACAGCAGCCACUGAAUUAUACGGAGUCUGUCGUGUGGAAUGCAGAUGAAAAUAUAGAAAUGCAUUAAAAGUAAUUUGCUGUAAGAUGGAGCGCUUUGAGAAACCGCGGUUCUUCUUGAGGAUAACUCUUCUCUGCAUUAUCCUAUGUGAGUCAAUUUCUUGCUGUGAGAAGACUCAUUCACACGCUGAAGAUGAACUCUUCAAAAAGCUGUUCGAUGGCUACAACAAGUGGUCAAGGCCUGUACCAAACACCUCCGAUGUUGUCAUUGUCAAGUUUGGUUUAUCUAUUGCCCAGCUGAUUGAUGUGGACGAGAAGAAUCAGAUGAUGACAACAAAUGUCUGGCUAAAGCAGGAGUGGAAUGACUAUAAACUACGCUGGAAGCCUUCAGACUACGACAAUGUGACAUCCAUCAGGGUUCCAUCAGAACUAAUCUGGGUCCCGGAUAUAGUUUUGUACAACAAUGCAGACGGGGAGUUUGCGGUGACCCACAUGACCAAAGCCCACCUCUUCCACACAGGUAAAGUGCGCUGGGUUCCACCUGCCAUCUACAAGAGCUCAUGCAGCAUCGAUGUCACCUUCUUCCCCUUUGACCAGCAGAACUGCAAGAUGAAAUUCGGCUCGUGGACUUACGACAAAGCCAAGAUCGACCUGGAACGCAUCGAAAACACAGUCGACUUAAAAGAUUACUGGGAGAGCGGCGAGUGGGCCAUCAUCAAUGCUGUUGGCACCUACAACACCAAGAAGUAUGACUGCUGCCAUGAGAUCUACCCAGACAUCACCUACUUCUUUAUCAUUCGCCGUCUACCGCUCUUUUACACCAUAAACCUCAUCAUCCCCUGCCUACUUAUCUCCUGCCUCACCGUACUAGUCUUCUACCUCCCGUCAGAUUGUGGUGAGAAGAUCACACUGUGUAUCUCAGUCCUUCUCUCGCUCACCGUCUUCCUGCUGCUCAUCACAGAAAUCAUCCCUUCUACCUCUCUCGUGAUCCCACUCAUUGGUGAAUAUCUGCUUUUUACUAUGAUCUUCGUCACCUUGUCCAUCGUCAUCACCGUCUUCGUGCUUAACGUCCACCACCGAUCGCCCAGCACUCAUAAGAUGCCCCGUUGGGUUCACUCGGUCUUCUUAGACUUGAUCCCACGGUGGUUGUUUAUGCGUAGACCUGCACCGGACAGCCGUCGCAGACAGAAACUCCUUCUCUUGCAGCGACAGGGCCAAGGGGUGACGUCACGGGUGCUUGGACCGGCAAACGCAAACCUCAGUACAUCUACCAGCUGGUUCAGAGGGGAGAACUCUGGGGAGGACGAGUCCCGCAGACGCUUCUGUUAUAAGGACUUAGAACUAGGAACGCUGUCCUCUGCGAUCUCACUUUCACUCCAAACUCCUUCACCCUGCCCUCUCUCCUCGACUCCACCUCCUCUACAGAAAAUCGGCCCCUCUUCUAGACUGGAGUUGGGCAUGGCUGCCAGGCAGCUUAGUGGAAGAGUUAAUGUCACAAAGCGGCCCGACAUGACAUCAGAAAACCCAGCGUUCCCUCUGUCCCCCAGUGUCCUGCAAGCUCUGGAGGGGGUUCACUACAUAGCAGACCACCUGAGAGCAGAGGAUGCGGACUUUAGUGUGAAAGAGGACUGGAAGUAUGUUGCUAUGGUAAUAGACAGAAUCUUCUUAUGGAUGUUCAUCAUAGUUUGUUUGCUGGGCACAAUCGGACUCUUUCUCCCACCCUGGCUCGCAGGCAUGAUCUAGCAAACAAACCAGUGAGUACAUUAUAUAAACAAUAAAGACUUCUAACUUAUGGGCUUCCACAGGAAGAACCAGCAUGGGGACACAACGCCCCUUCCAGCAGGAAACAUAAGUGCUGAGAUUUCCCCUGCAUGGGGUCAGAUGCAUGUUUGACAUCAGGAAUGUGGCAUCAAAUACCUGACACUUUCUUAGGUCAGAUAUUGAGAGGGCCACAAUUUAAAGAAGCUUGUCUAUGAAAAUGCUUGUAUUUGAAUGUAUAACCGUAAAUAUUAUUGUUAAAAAUUAAAAGUGCCAACUGGAAGAAACUCUGGCUUACUGUAACUGACUACACAAAUA